AUGGAGACAUUCUUCGACCAGAUGUUCCAGAAGCCCAGCGAUACUGUGGGAACCCAGGAGCCGCGUGCGUCUACCUCCACCAACUGUACCGGGGUGUGGGAUUACACAAAUAUUAUUCGUCCACAAGGACUCGCCCCCUCGGACAUAGUCCCCGCCGCCACCGCCAAUGCCAGCUGUGACUGUGCCAGUUCCAAUCCCAGCGCCUGUGCCUGUGACUCGAGAACCCACUUCGCCGCCGCUGCUGCUGCUUAUGACCCUGACUCUCCAGGGUCGCUCAUCAACUCGGGCUCAAGCUCGCUGACGCAGUCGCAGUCGCCGUCGCCCCAGCCCGGGACCCCUACCACGGGCCAUUUCCUGCCUGGCGCGCACGCUAACACUGCUUCUACACCCGCUGCUCCUGCCGCUGCCUCGGUGCUGUCACGUAGUAUUACUACCGCUAAAGCUGCCGCCCCCCAACUCUCUAUCGGUGACUUUGAUCCUGCUAUUCUCUCAAACACCUCCGUCGAAGACUUCGAUUCCUACUUGAACAACUUUCGCGACUCCCCCACUGCAGACAGCGACGUUUGCAUUCAGAUUCCUGACCCUUCAGGUCUUGAGCAGCAACCCUACGACCACAACAUGACUACCGGACCAUCCCUCGACCCUACUAUGGGCCGCCGGGAUUCCUUUGUCAGCGCCGGCCCCAAGCCCAUAUCGAUGAACAAUCCCAAUCGUGGUGACAACGCGAACCGCAACAGAAGAGAAUCUCUUGCUGGCAGCCUCAUGGGCGGCGGUAUGAGCUGGGGAGGCAUGUCCUUUGGCAGUUUUGUUAGAGAUGAUAUUAUGAUGGCAACAUCGCCAUCGCCAUUCGGUGGAGCCCAUCAGUCACCUUCUUUCCAUUCUUCUUCGUAUCUUCCUAAGUUGGAGGCCAACUUCAUGCGAGAUUUCACCUGCUGCGGCAAGAUCCUCCCUAACCUGCACGAUUUGCUUCAACAUUACGAAGAAGCCCACACACAACCCAGCCCCAACACAGCGCGGAAUAAUGCAUUCUCCCAAUUCUCUCAGUUGGGCAUGUCCAGCGCCCCUCGAAUGUCCAUUUCACGAGCUGAUUCAGCAGCACCUGGAAAUAAUUCACAGUCAUCAGGUCAAUUGGGGCAACAUAGCCGUGGUCAACAGUCCCCGCAUGACCUGCAUGGAAACUCCGGCAUGCCAUCGAAUAUGAAUGACGAGAUGGAUGCCGUUGCAGAUAUGGAAAUGGACGAUGCUGUGGGCACUAUGGAAAUGGACGACAGCCAGCGAAUGUCUCAGACAAGACAGCUCUUCGGCCAACAGAGACCCGAGCUCAACAUGAACACUUCUGGUCUUACUCAAGGCCUACGAACUUCCCAACCACCGACGCCCGCUGCUGCAAGCUUUGGACUGCAGAACAAUCCCACAGUGUCUUCAGUCAACACACCUACGCUUACUACACAGGGACAAACGCCACAAGGCCAGCAAGUGGACAUGGAUGAGGACCUUCCAGGUAUGCCUAUGGGUGGUAACACGAACGAUAUUGGCGAUAUGGGAUUUGGCGGAAACCAGACCAAUAAUGAUUCUAACUUUUGCAUAAACGACCCUGGAAAGCACCUUUUCAGCUCGAACGGCUUCCCUCCAAACCGUUCUAUCCAGGCGCAGUUGCAACAGCUGGGUAUUAACCAGUCUCAACUCAACGAUCCCCAGACCAACAAGGCCAUCAUGCAGCGUCUACAAAGUAUGAUGAUGCCUGAAGAGCACAAGCCAUUCAAGUGCCCCGUUAUCGGCUGUGAAAAGGCCUACAAAAACCAGAACGGCCUCAAGUACCACAAGACGCACGGUCAUCAAACUCAACAGCUCCACGAAAACGGUGAUGGCACUUUCUCCAUUGUUAACCCCGAAACAAGUGCGCCUUAUCCAGGAACCCUGGGUAUGGAAAAAGAGAAGCCGUUCAGCUGCGAGACAUGCGGAAAGCGCUAUAAGAACUUAAAUGGGUUGAAAUAUCACAAGGCGCAUUCUCUUCCGUGCAAUCCGGAUUUCAAGCUCCAGGCUCUUGCAGCGGGCAUGAACCUGCAAGGAAUAGGAGAAGAUCAGAUGAUGCAAUAG